AUGAUUCGCUGCCCGCACCAUAACUUCCCCUCACCUCCCCUCUCUCAUCUUCAUUCCCCCCCCACCCUCCCCGUUCCCACCCUUCCUCCCCCUCCUUCCUCCCCCUCCUUCCUCCCCCCCCUUCCUCCCCCUCCUCCCCUCAUUUCUCCCUACUACU